UUCAGACCCAAGCGUCUUCCCACCCAUUCGAAGGACCCAUGUCGCCGCGGGAGCCGUUGACGUCGGAGCGGUCCUUGCUGCGCAGCCUCGACGCGUACGAGUCGACGUAUGGCGAUCUCGAUGGUCAUGCCAAGCCGGCAGAAGAAGUCCGCAGCCUCCGCGCGGUGCUAGCAGCGGCUGUCGCCGAGGCCAUCAUGUCGCCGGCCACCAUCCACCGCGUUAUCCGCGUCCUCCUCAAGCGGCGCUUUGGCGCUUCAUCGCGCGAGCUCCAGACGCACAUGCUCUUCUUGGCCAUGCACAUCAUGACUAAGCCGAUCGCCGAGGACGCGGAAGCGUUGGCCGUUCUGUACGAGUUUAUGAUGGACAAGCUCCUGCCGUUGGGCCUCGAAGCGCGCUCAAGCUCGCCGUACGGCAGCCUUUUCUUUGCGUUUGCACUCCUCUUGCGCCGCGUCGAGCAGAACGAUGCGACCUACCGGUCGAUGGUCUCGAUCUUGAAGGCGCGUCGCCAUACGGAAGCCGUCGAGUUUGAGAUGGACGACUCGAUGUGCGACGUGGCGCUUGAGAAGGGCCGUCUCCUUGGCGGCCUUGCGCACUUUGCAUCGUGCCUCUCACCCCUUGCGCCGACGCCGCUUGUGUUUGACCUCGCGCAUCCCGUCUGGGCGCUCGACGACGCGGUCCCAGUCAGCAACGCCCCGCUGCUCCAAGCGGCCGCGUACCCGUUCAUUGCUGGCUUUACCAAGGAAUUCGACCUCCUCGACUUGACCAAGUCGGAGGCCGAGUGGCUCACGAUCGUCGAGCUCUACACGCCGCUCUUGCACCGCAACCCGACGCUCUCCGUCGCCGUCUUCAACGAGCUCAACGAUACGGCGUCGGCACUCUCGUCACUCUUCCCCGUGCGGCUCUUGCCGCGCGUGAAUCUGCUCGCCGCGGCGUGCGCGCCGUCGACGGUCGACGCGAUCCUCGCCGACCUCGCCUCCACGUACCUGUACACGACCGUGCUGGCCGACGAUGUGCCGCAUGUCGUCGACGCGGCGGACGACGCAUGGCUCGUCACGACCGACGCGUAUCUCUUUGCGAACGACAAUGUACUCGUGCCGAGCGGCACGCGCGGGCAAAAGCUCACGCUGCCCAACGCGCCGGUGCUCGUGUGCUGGCACCUGGCGACGCCCGUGUGGCCGAUUCUGCUGCAUCGUCUCGCGACGUCGCGCGGGUCGACUGCGACUGCGAUCCUGCACCUGAUGACGGCGCUGUUGACGCACCGUGACGUCGACGACGACGCGCCGCUACAUACCGCGCUGGCCCCCGCGCUCUGUCGCGUCGGCGCGCUGCUCCAUGACCCUACAAGCCCGCUGGCGUUGCAGCAAGCGUGCCUCGCGUUUUGCGCCGCAAUGGCGCUGCGGCACGAGACGGCGAGCGUGCUGCGCGGCAUCGCGGUCGACGACGCCGUGUCAGCGCUCCACGCGGUCGUGACGGGCCUCGAAGCGCCGACAGGACAGUACCCGAGCGUCCUCAACAUGCUCCAGCUCGCGGCCCACGUGUUUGCUUUGCCGUCGUCGUCAAAGGACUGGUCCACGUCGCUCACCAACGUCCUUUUGACCAUUGUCACGUCGUACCCGACGUGGCAGUUUGACACGAUCGAAGACCAAGACGUGCUCGGGCUCACGAGCUUCCGGCUCGUGCACGCGCGCCUCGACACGCAGUACGACGCAUGGGCGACGCUCUGGGCCGAGCCGAGCGCGACGUUCCCGAACUUCGUGCUCUCGACGCUCGCGCGGUGGUUUCCGAUCGCACUGCCGGCGCCGAAAGCGUCGGUGGCGCGCUUUGUGUUUGACGACUCGACGCCGGACGCGACGCCGUUCUUGCCGUUGACUCUGGACACCAUGUCGCCGACGCAUGUGCGCUUGGCCGCGACGCUUUUGGCCUGCGUCGGUCGUGUGGCCGCUCCGCUCGUCGCGCGUGCCCUCACCGAUGCGUCGUCCAUCGCAUCGUCCUCGCUGCUGGCGACCACGGUCACGGUUCGCGGCGUCGCGCUCAACUGGCCGCUCGUGUGCACGGCGCUGCUUUCGUCGCCGGCUGCGGCGAUCCUCGAUGGCAGUUUGCAGCUGCUCACGGCGCUCAUUGUGCUGCCGACGACGACAACGUUUGUCGCGCACUUUUCAACGCCGCAAGAUACAGAGGCGCUUGUGACGGCGCUUUGGGAGCUUGUGACGGACGCAAGUGCUCCGACCCGGCAGGCGUCGGCCUUGCGCCUCUUGGCGCUCAGCGUCGACCGGCAGCCGUCUUUGGUGUCGCUGCUCUUCUUCUCGGCCGACGCGGCACCGUCCGCGCUGGGGCUCUUGCGCGUCCUCUCCAAGGCGAUUUCGACGCAAGACUGGGACGUGGUCGCGAACGGCUUGGACUUAGUGCGCGCUUGCUGGCCGACGCUGUUUGCGACAGAAUCGGCGCUCUGGUCGGACGUCGGCGCAACGCUCCUUUGCAGCGCGGUGGCACCGGAUGCUACGGCGCACUUUUGGGCCAUUGGAAUCUUUUGGCAGCUUGUGGCGCUCGAAGUGACGCACCCGACGUCGUCGUCCUCGGCGCUCGACCCGCUGCUCGCCACGAAGGACGAGUGGUUUACGAUGUUAACUUCGACGCACGUGGCCGACGCCGACGAUGUCGGUACGUCGUCGUUGCCUCUCGCCGUCGCCAAGUGCGACGCGACCUAUGGCAGCCUCUUUGCCAUGGUGCAGUUUGCUACCGCCAUGGAGGUUGUCGUUUUCAAGCGCGGCAGCCAGGGGCUUCCGUCGGGGCUGGCGCUCGCGUGGGUGUGCACGCUGGCGUCGUCGAUGACAGCCCACCACGAAGCGGUCGACGACCCUGACCGGUCGCUGUACCUCAGCACGUCGACACGCCUCGUGCUGACGCUGUUGCAUCACUGCACCAAGCUGCCGACGUCAGCGAUGGACGUGGCCACGAGCGUCGAACUGCUCAAGUGCUUUCUCGCAAUGCUGCAGUCCGCGGGGCCGACCGACGACGAUGCGCGCAAGUAUGUGAUGACGAGCAUCUACCUCGUGUUGCGUCACAUGUCGUCCUUGCCGGACCGACUGACGACGCUGCCGUCCGUGGUCGUCACGCCGCUUUUGUCGAUGCUUGCGACGGCCACGGACGUGAGCUUGCACUUGCUCGUGCUCCGGGAACUCGUCGUGCAUUGGAUGUCGCCGCUCUUUUGCCCGUCGCUGCGCCCGUGUCUCGUGAGUCUCGUGUCGGCGCUCGUGAUUACGACCAAAGUCGAUGUCCUCGCUGAUACCAUCACGACGCUCUCGCACUUGCUCAUGUCGAGCCCGUUGGAGACACAGAACUACAGUGUCCACACGCUUAUCACCGACUGUCAGAUGCUCGGGCACAUCAAGACGCUGGCCCAGCCGCUGACGUCGGCGAUGCUGCGUCGGCGCCAGCGCGGCUACGACGACGAGUCGCAUCGCUGCACGUUGCACACGACGUGGUGCAACCUCCUUGAGCUGCUCACGCACCUUUUGGCGCGAACCACCGGCAGUGCGCUCACCAGCACACUCUCAGUGCUCGCAUACCUCGAGCCCGUGCUCUUGUCGGCCUUUGACGAAAAGGCGCCGUUGACGCUGGCCCGGCUGCAUGAACAGGCGUGCGUCGGGCGGCUGCUCUUGGCUGCCGCCGCGCACCUUCCAACGUGGCAAGGACUCAUGUCCACCGGCCGUCUCCUCGAGCUUGGCCGCCGCCACCUUGUGGUCGUGAGCGGCUGGAAACAAGACCCAGCGUCGUGGACGUCUUUGGCCGUCACAGCGGAUGAGACCAAGGACGCACAGUUUCAAGCCACGCUGACGCGUCACCUUUGGGAGGUGGUGUACCUAUGGUGCGUGCUGCUGCUCAAGCUCACACCGAGCGCGACGCCACUGAUGGAGAUCCACGGCCGACCGGUGGUCGACACGGAAGCCGCCCGCCCGAUUUUGGAUUUCCUCCCGAUUUCGAUGUCGCACGCGACGGCGCCGUGCGCACUGGGGCACAUGGCGCGCCUUGUGAAAUGCGCGUUGAAGGAAGCGUCGGCCGUGUCUUUGACAACCAAACGCAUGCAGGAGACUCUUCGCGAUGUCGUUGAAGCCGGCACGUCCUUGCUCGUCGCCAACUUUAUCUUGCACGAGCAGCGCUACCACCACCCGGCCGCAUACCGCGCCGAGCUCAAGGUGUCGUUGACCGAUAUCGUCGCCAGUGUCCAGGCGGACUGGCGGGACGAAGAGGCGCCGCUCGUCGCCUUUAUGGAGAGCGUCGAAUCGAACGUCCUCACCCAGCCGUAAUAUCCUCAUUCGUCUUCUUCUUCUUCCAUUGUUGAUUCUAUCUACAUUGCUGGUCGUCCAG